UUUCUUCUUACUCGCUAAUCUCACGCGAUCUAUUCCGGAAAUUUAUCACACCCGAGGCUCGAAGGUGAUCACUGGGGUGAUGGUGGCGAGAGAGAGGGAGGGAGGAAAGUAGAGGAAAGAGUGAGGGGGAGUGGAAAGGAGAAGGUCGCGAUGCUUCAGAAAGCCCUCAUCGCAUUCGUCGUCCUCGCCAUCGUCUUUCUCGCCUUCUCUAUCUCCCACAGACCGGUCCAGCAGGACAUUAGAGUGGAAAAAGAGCCUGAAAUAACUCAUAGAGUUUACUUCGAAGUUGAUAUUGAUGGUCAGCGUACAGGUAGAAUUGUCGUUGGACUAUAUGGAAAAGUGGUGCCAAAAACUGUUGAAAAUUUCAGGGCCCUUUGCACAGGUGAGAAGGGCAAGGGAGCCAGUGGAAAGAAUCUUCACUACAAGGGAACACCAUUUCACCGCAUAAUAUCUGGUUUUGUGAUUCAAGGUGGUGAUAUCAUUCAUGGGGAUGGCAAGGGUAGUGAAUCUAUAUAUGGUAGCACCUUUCCUGAUGAGAACUUCACCAUAAAGCAUUCACAUGCAGGUAUUGUCUCCAUGGUGAACUCUGGGCCAGAUUCGAAUGGAUCCCAGUUCUUUAUAACCACUAUUAAAGCAAGCUGGUUGGAUGGAGAACAUGUUGCCUUUGGUAAGGUAAUUCAAGGUAUGGAUACGGUCUACGCAAUUGAGGGGGGAGCAGGAACGUACAGUGGGAAACCAAGGAAGAAGGUCAUCAUUGUUGACUGUGGGGAGAUACCCAGAAGCAAAUGGGAUGAGGAAAGCUGACCAAUUAGCAGCUGUCAUUUCGUAGCAAUGUAAAGCUGAUUCUGUAAUAGUAUGAGUUUGGCAGGCUCCUUGAGGCCCGGUUUUCGCUUAACCUGUAUGACCUUGUACCAAUUAAAAGAACAUAAAUCUGAAUCAAAAAAUGGAAGGUUUUCCCUGCUAAGUAGUUGGCA